AUGCAGAAGCACUGCUGGGACUAUCUCUCCUGCUUUGGGUACGGCCUGGCCCUCCUCUGCACACUGGGAUAUCUACACACCAGCAUAGAUGCUGCAGCAGCUGAGCGUGUGUACCCCGGAGUGGCGCUGGUGGAGUUUGGGCCGGGUGCGGCGGCCGUGGGUGACCCGGCGGGGCUGUUCGGUCAGGACCGGAGCUGGGCCGCAGCUGGGCCGGACCCGGCGGGGGAGGGGGAGGGGGAGGGGGAGGGGGGGCGGCGCAGGAAGAGGAAUGUGCUGCUGCCCAGCGGGGUACGAAUCUGCUCCCAGGAGUCCCUGCAGCAAGCUCUCCAGUACCACCUGCAGUACUACCAGCUCAGAGUCUGUCAGGAGACCGUGUGGGAGGCCUUUAAGAUCUUCUGGGACCGACUGCCCAAUCAGGAGGAGUACCAGCUGUGGAUGGGCCAAUGCCAGGAGGGCGUUGUGACGUCCCGCGACAUUGGCGCCACUUUCAGCCAAUCAGAGGAGCACUUGGCUCUUGUCAAUAAGAGACUGGCCAUGAGCAAUGAGAGGAGUCAGGGCACACUGUCACCCGAGUGCAGAGCACAGACGGAAGCACCGCCCCCUCAGGAGGAGAGUGCACCAGUACAAACAGAGGAUGAGGCUGCUGUGUCGGAGCACCUUGAAGAAGAGUCGCCUCUGGAAGAAGUGGAGGCUGCCAUGGUAACCGAUUCAACACCAGUUGAUGUGCUGGAGAUUGACAGUGAGAACGAGGUGGAUGCGGUUGUCACACCAACACGGGCUGUGAUGGAGCAGCAGGUUGAACUGAGCGCGCUCCUACACGGAGAACCCUGGAGUGAGGACCUCACCGACCCCGCCUCCCUCACACACCACACACUCUCACAGGAGUUCACUCAGAAGGUCACUGCUGCACUUCAGAAGCUGCCAGAGUUUAAGAGUGUGUCAGUGGUAGAGUUCAGGCCGCAGAUGGAAGCUUCUGGCUUUGAGAGUGUGCGGGUGGACUAUGUGGUGUCGGUGCUGACUGAUGGAGGGGAGGUGAGCGGGGAGACGCUGGACUUCAUCAACCUGCAGUCCAACAUGGUGGAGAGCAGCUUCAUCGACCCAGAGCUGCCCACCGUGGAGUACACCAUCACCGACCUCAGGAGCUUCAUCACCGAGGCUCUACACGUGGUGGAGACGUACGCUGCUGAGGAGACUGAGCCCAGCGCUGAAGCAGCUGAGGAAGCCAACAUCGAGGACGUCCUAGCUGCAGAGCUUCCCAUUGACCCGGGUCAGGAAGUGUUUGAGGAGGUGGCGAAGGACGACCUCCACGACCCCACCUUGACCUCUGACCCUUGGGGCGGGCAGGAGGCUGAGGUCAUCGGGGAGAAUGAUGUCAUCAUUCUAGAGGAGAGCACUGCAGCGCCACCUGUCAUUGAACACACAGCUGAGGAGGAGGAAGCACCAGUGGACGAGGGGGAGGAGCUGUUGGUCACUAACGUGGUGGACACUCAGGCUCCGCCCACAGACAGCCCCGCGCUGGACAACGAGGCUGCAGCUGCUGCUGAUGACCUGGCCAGUGAGAUCUCUGGAUCGGGCGCCGGAGGAGGAGAGGAUUGGCCGGCUGUGGUGGCGAAUCUGCCUGAAGUCCCGCCCCCCGAGGAGACAGCGGAGGCUGAGGCGCCUGCUGAUGAUGUCACAGUGGAAGAGGAACACGACAUAAGCACCAUCACCACAGUAACGUUGGAGGAGGAGGAGGGGGAGGCGGAACAGGAAACGGACCCCGCCGAGGCGCAGCAGGAAGAGGAGGAGCUUGUGGUUCCCAUGGAGACCGAGGCCGCUGUGGUCGUGGAGGAAGAGGUGGAGCAAGAGGAGGCCGGCGUGUCGGAGGCGGACCUCACAGAGGACGAGAUCCUAUUGGUCGACACCCCCGCUGACUCUGUCCAGCCCACGCCCAUCUCCCCGGAGAAGGAAUCCCCCUUCACCGUCAUCGCCGUGGUUACGCCUGUGGAGGAAGAGGAAGUGGAGGAAGAGGAAGCGGACGAAGCACCAGCGUCCACUGAGCCGCCCAUCGUCCUGACCGUGUCCGAGGUGGACUACGACGUCUAUGUCCACGGCGAAGACGACGAGGACAGCAGCGGCUACUUGGAUGACCGCAGCGUCGCCAUGCCGAACAACCCCGGACGGGCGCUGAUGGUGUUCUUCAGCCUGAGGGUGACCAACAUGGUGUUCUCUGAUGACCUCUUCAACAAGAGCUCGCCCGAGUACAAGGAGCUGGAGCAGCGCUUCCUCGAGCUGCUGGUGCCGUACCUGCAGUCGAACCUCAGUAACUUUGAGAACCUGGAGAUCCUGAACUUCCGUAACGGCAGCAUCGUGGUGAACAGCCGCAUGAAGUUCGGCAAGCCUGUACCGCAAGGAGUCACCAGCUCCGUCUACCUCAUCCUGGAGGACUUCUGCAACACCGCCUAUCAGACCAUGAACCUGGCCAUAGACAAGUACUCACUGGACGUGGAGUCAGGUGAUCAGGCGGACCCCUGUAAGUACCAGGCGUGUAACGAGUAUGCAGAGUGUAUGGUGAACCGCUGGUCGGGCGAGGCCGAGUGUGUGUGUAACGCCGGCUACUACAGCGUGGACGGGCUGCCCUGCCAGAGCAUCUGUGAGCUGCAGUCCGACUUCUGCAUGAACGACGGCAAGUGCGACAUCAUCCCUGGACAAGGAGCCAUCUGCAGGUGUCGUGUGGGUGAGAACUGGUGGUACCGUGGUGAGCACUGUGAGGAGUAUGUGUCGGAGCCGUUGGUGGUUGGCAUCGCCAUAGCGUCGGUUGCUGGGUUUCUGCUGGUGGCCUCGGGAGUCAUCUUCUUCCUGGCCAGAGCCCUCAGGGACCAGUACGACAAAGAGGAGGCCGAGGACCCCUUACGGCGUGGGGACAGCCUGCCGUCGCUGGAGCGGGCCACUAAGUACAACCCGAUGUACGAGAGCGAGGCGACGACGGGCUACAGCCACUACUACCGCCGCUACCCCGACCCCCCCAUCCACAGCAGCGCCAGCCAGGAGGCCUCCACCGAGUUCAGCAGCGAGGAGAUACGCCACAUCUACGAGAACAGCGAGCUCACACGCGAGGAGAUCCAGGACCGGAUCCGGAUCAUUGAGCUCUACGCUAAGGACCGCCAGUUUGCAGACUUCCUGCGCCAGCACCAAGGGUCAUUGGAUACACGGAGAGAGAGCUCUUCCACAUAGAUCAACAAGCAGCUGUAAACAAGAUCUCUGCCUUCAGAACCGGACAGUCCUGUUGCCAUGGUAUUGCUUGGAGAACACGAAGGACGAUUUAGAGAAUUUUGGACGACGGACAAUUUCUCAAUUUAGAGAACUGUUUUAUUUCUUCGUGAGGCUACGAGACGUAGUUGGACACUCAUGUGCAGAGGAAGCCGCUGGUGAAUCGGACGUGAUGGACCUUAUGUGCAUCGGGGUGAUGACGACAUUCAGACGAGAUCUCGCUUUCCUGGAUGCUCUUGUUAUCACAGCCAAAACACCUGACUUUAGGUUCUCAGUCUUCAUUGGUCAAGCUGCUUUGUGCUACGUCAGUGCCUUCUCCUGAUUGGACAAACUGUUGGAAUGGACGAGUUCUCUGCCAAUCACGAAAUGGCCGUCUGUAAUCCCAUUGGAUACUUGAAAACUGAUGACUGUAUCUUCUUAAAGUAACAUUGUAUCUAGCGUGAAUACUCAAUGAAGUCUCAAUGUGGUUGUGAAAUAUGUGUGGACUGGUAUUCCGUACCACUGCAGUUGAUAGCAGAGAGAGCUAGAAGGUGAUUUUUAUGCAGCGUUGAUG